GUAAACCGAUUAUUUAGAGUUUAUUGAGAAAUGAAGUUUAUUAUUCUGAUGUUGGCUGGAAUAGCCGUGGUUCACUCCUACAGAUCACGUAACAGCAGCAUGUGCACUGACAGCUCCAAACCUACAUGCACUUGCGCUGAUGGCACUGAUAUUCAAACUGCAAAGCAAAAUGGUUGGAAGUGUGGAGAUGACACUAGGCCGACCUGCCUGUGUGAUGAUGGGUCUGCACCUAAGAAGCCAGACUCUUACUCUAAUCACAAUGGAGGAUCACGUCACAGCGGGAAAUGGAGCAGCAUGUGCACAGACAGCUCUUCACCCACGUGCACUUGCGCUGAUGGCACUGAUAUUGAAACUGCAAAGCAAAACCGUUGGAAGUGCGGAGAUGAGUCUCGGCCCAGCUGUCUGUGUGAUGAUGGCACUGCUCCAAAGAAGCCAAGUCCCUGCUCUGAUGGAUCUCAACCAACAUGUCCAGGAGCCUGUGAUGAUGGAAGUGAUGCUGUUCUUAAUGGUGAUUGGUCUACCCCACCUUGUGCUGAUAGCUCCAGACCAGACAUGUCUAAAUGUGUCUGUGCUAAUGGGGAAAAAGCUUGGGCUGGAUUUGGAGGCCACCACGGAGGACCACAUCAAGGAUGGCAUCGGCAAGGAGGAUCAGAAAGAAGAAGCUCCUGGAUUAAAGACAACUAAUAUCUGAACAGCUUUUAUUAAAAAGUUAUAUUUUUUCACUUAAAAUUUUAGUUUUCCAUUUUAAUAUUAACUUGUUGCAUGCACAGUCUUUUGUUUUUAAACACUUGUGAAUUCGGAUUCUUCAAGUUAAAUACACAUUCUUCAUUAUUUCAA